GGGCGCCCCACGCGCUGGGAGAAUGGGGCAGCGCGAGUCGGGCGAGCAGCAAUUCCGGGGUCCGGAGGGGUCGCGGCGCUGGCGCCCGCUCCCACCCCGCGGCAGCCACCCCUGCCCUGCCGCGGGUACCCACGACCGCCCUCUCUUCUCGCCGUCAGCAACUCGCCCCUUCCCGCGCCCCUCGCGGGCCUCUUCCCUUUCCCCGCCGCCGCAUCCCCCUUCCUCCCGCCCUUUUCCCCAGCCUCUCGGUCACUCGCUGGUGCCCUUGGGCGCGCGGAGCGGAGACGGCGCGAUUCUCGGGUCCCGGGGCUCCCGGGCUCCCGGCUCCGGCCGCCAGAGAGCAGCAAGCACCCGGGAUCUGCGGACUGCGGACCGGAGCGCGCAGUACGGCGGCGGUCGCCUCUUGGGACUGCCUGGAGAGAUCUGCUGCACCUCCUUACUCCUCUCUGGCCACAGGCCAGAAGGCUGCUCUGGGUUGGUAACUACAUUGCAGAGGAACAUCGAUGACUUGUUCAGCCUACACCCAUUUGAAAUCAUCUGGUCCCACCAAGACAGGUUGAAUGAAUCCCCAAAGGAUAUGUCCAUGUCUUAAUCCCUGGAACCUGUGAAUGUCACCAUCUUCAGAAAAAAAAAAGUCUGUGCAGAUGUAACCAA